ACCUCAUCGAAGAAGAAGUUGUAUUGUUUUGAUCCGUUGAAGUCGCACAUCGCCGAAAUACCGUUUGUCUGCAGUGAUGAAGACCUCCCAGGCAGCGGAGACAGAAGGCGAUAAGGUCACUUCCUGGGUGUCUGUGUGCCCCAGGGGCUUGUGGGAGGUUUGUCAGAGGAGGAAACGAGGGGCGGAGCCAACUGACCCCUCUAGAGACGUCUACCCCGGGAUUGGCUCUCUGUGUCAGGUCAGAGUUCAACGCCAAGGAGAACCUACAGCUGACCCGGAGCUGUCACUCAAACCUGACCUGCCAAUCGCAGUCCUUUCAGAUGCCCAGGUCCCACCCCUACAGCGCUCCCAGGGUACCAUGCUGCAGGUCCCGCUUGGUGAUUGGAUCAUUCUGAGGCUGGGGGAGGGGCAGUGUGACAUCACAGAGGGGUGUGUGGAGGGGAUGAGAGCUGGAGAGAAGUGUGUGGCAAUGCUGACUCCACUAACAGACCGACUCCGGGGAGGAGAAGAGGAGCAGAAGAGAGCAGGCCCUGACCAGUCCCUGUGCAUAACAGUAGAGCUCCAGUCCUUCUCUCCUGGCCAUGAGUCCUGGCAGCUGUCAGCUGGAGAGAAGUGGGGCUGGGUGAUGUCACACAAGCAGAGGGGGGGAGACCGGUUUAGGCCAUCAAACUCCUCAUCACCCUAA